AUGCUCUACAGUUUGCAAACGCUGGAGAGAUAUCUUUCAAAAAGCUCUUUGGAAAGAUAUAUAUAUAAAACCAACUGGAUCCAAAAAUUUAAAAAGCAUGUAAAACAUGAUAUUCUGAAAAAGUAUUCCAAAGAUGUCGACACAAUAAAAUUCAAAGAUAGCAAGCAUACGAACACUAAAAUCCAACAGUUAAUCGAGAUUUUCCCCAAUGUGAAGAACUUCUCUUAUGCAUCGACAGGUGCCUACCACUAUCUGGUCGAUGUCGAUCUAAGUAGAUGGAAGUUAUUGUCACGCAUGACUAUAACCUGGGGUCUUAGAAACAGAUUGAAUAUACUAGAUAACCUUUUCGUUUUGCUGAGCGAUUUACCAUCCCUUGUCCACCUUGGGAUAGAGCCAGGAUACCAUACACAUCCAAACAGACCAAUUACUUGGAGAGACAUCGAAAAAAUUCAUCUCGGCUUGCCACGCUUAAAAUCUCUAAAGAUCAGAUCGGAUAUGGACAGGAUCGGACCUACUGAAAUCGGUGAGAUAAAGCAAGCAACACCAACAAACACCAUGGAGACUGUGGACUAUGCCUCGAUGGGAUUUAAUCUUCUGUGGAUGCAAUAUCUCGCAAUAAAAUAUCCGAAGCUGAAGACACUUCGCCUAACGGCCUCAACGAUCAGAGCUACUAAUGAAAAAUUAACAAUAUCUCCAGAUCUACCUAAUUUCUUUCCUUGUUUAAAAAGUAUUUACACGGCUAAUCACAGUUAUAGUCGAUCGGUAUUUUCUAUCCUCUAUAAUCAAAUAUUUAACAGUGGGGCUAAGCUCGAGAAAAUCGAGACAACGCACUUUACCAACUAUUUCGAUACCGAAUCCCCACCCAACGAAACGGCCUGCGCAGCGUUAUUCACUACAACACUCAAGAGUCUGCACAUAUUACAGAACGAUAGACGCACCUCUGGUAUUUCACUGUUUCUACAUGAUUCUGAUGUUAAGUUUUCCAAGCUUGUCCACCUGAACAUAUACACCAGUGGACAACCAUCUCAAAUCAACAAUAUCCUGAAUAUAUGCCCGGCAUUAAAAGUGCUGGAGAUAAAAUCAGAGCUUAAAUAUACCGAAGAAAGAAGGCCAUCAGACAUAUUAAAUCAUGGCCUACAACGCCUAAAGCUUACUCAAACAAGUCUCGAUAUAGAAUGGUUUGAGUCCAUAUCCAAUUGUUGCAGAAAUUUGAAGUAUCUUUCCUUAGAAGAUAUUUCUAACAAAAGUACACCCCGCGAAAUGCCUUACUGCUUACCUAUUAGCAUGCCAUUCACUCGACUUUCAACAUGUCUUAUGAUUCUAAAUUCAUCUUUGGCACUGGUUAUAGCUGCAAAGACAAUACUUUGGCUGACAACGAAACAUGUUUUACCGAAGUUUAUCUUAAUUAUUUAUCAACAAAAAAAGUCAAGAUUUGUUCCAACAUUUGACAAAAACUCGUACGACAGCAAUUCUAGCUGCUUAGAUGAAGAUUAUGGGGGGCAUGGAAUAGUUCCUAAGAACGAUAGUACAUAUUCCUGCAUGAUAUUCCAAUGCAAGUCGAUCAAACAAGCUAUUAUCAGUGAUCGCUCGUUUUACAGCUGUUCGACUCCAAUAUUCAUACGUGUAAAAAAUGAUAUUCUGAAAAAGUAUUUCAAAGAUGUUGACGCGAUAAGAUUCGAAGAUAGUGAGGAUACAAACACUACAAUCCAACAAUUAAUCGAGCUUUUCCCCAAUGUGAAGAACUUUUCUUAUUCAGCGGCAGGCGACUUCCAAUCUCUGAUCGAUGCCGAUUUGAGUAGUUGGAAGUCAUUGACACACAUGACUAUAAACUGGAUUUACCGACACAAUGUGAUCAUCCCAGAAAACCUUUUCGUUUCGCUGAGCGCUCUACCAUCCCUUGUCCACCUUGAAAUAAAGCCAGGAUACCGUACACAUCCAAACAGACCAGUUACAUGGAGAGACAUUGAAAAACUUCACCUCCACUUACCACGCUUAAAAUCUCUAAAGGUCUCGUCGGACAUUUGUGUGAUCGAACCUAAUGACAUUGAUGAACUGAAGAAUACAGAACCAGCAAACAACAUUGAGACAGUGGAUUAUGUCUCUAUGGGAUUCAGUAUUCCGUGGAUGUAUUAUCUCGCAUUAAAAUAUCCAAAGCUGAAGACACUCAAUCUAACGGUGGAGGAAGACGUCCCCGUACAAGGUGCAAUGUGGCAUAGGUAUUCACGCCCAGAGCCUAUUAUUGAGAAAAUGACAGUACCUUCAAAUCUAUCUGGUUUUUUUCCUUAUUUAAAAAAUAUUUACACAUCUAAUAAGCGCAAAGGCAGACCAGAAUUUUCUGUACUCUAUGGUCAAAUAUUUAAAAGUGGCGCUAAGCUUGAGAAAAUGGAGACAUCGCAUUUUACCAACUCUGAUGAUACCAAGUUCCCACUCAAUGAAAUGGCCUGCGCAGCGCUAUUCGCCGAAACACUCAAGAAUUUACGAAUAUUCCGAAACUAUAGUCUCGAUUUUGAAAUUGUUUUGUUUAUACACGAUCCUGGUGUCGAGUUUUCCAAGCUUGUUCGCUUGCAUAUUUACUCUACUACACAGUCUUUUCAAGUUGAAAAUAUCUUGAGUGCAUGUCUGGCAUUAAAAGUUCUUGGGAUAAAUUCACACCUUGGCUGUAAAAUAAAAAAAAGACCGUCCAACGUAUUAAAGCAUGGCCUACGACAGCUAAGAAUUACUGGAGCAAGUCUCGAUACAGAAUGGUUUGAGUACAUAUCAGAUUGUUUAAGAGAUCUGAAAUAUCUUUCCUUAGAAGAUAUUUCUAUCAAAAGUACACCCCGCGAAAUGCCUUACUGCUUACCUAUUAGCAUGCCCUUCACUCGACUUUCAACGUUAUCAUUAUUACGUAUACAGAUGUCUUAUGAUUCUAAAUUCAUCUUUGGAACUGGUUAUAGCCGCAAAGACAACACUUUUACCGACAACGAAACAUGUUUUACCGAAGUUUAUCUUAAUUAUUUAUCAACAAAAAAGUCAAGAUUUGUUCCAACAUUUGACAAGAACUCGUACGACAGCAAUUCUAGCUGUUCAGAGGAAGAAGAAUAUUGUGGGGAUAAAAGAGUCUAUAAGAGAGAUAAUAUAUAUUACUGCACGAUAUUCCAAUGCAAAUCGAUCAAACAAGUUAUUAUCAGUCAUAGCUCGUUUUACAGCUGUUCGACUCCAAUAUUUACUGUACAGAGAGAGUAA